CUGGAUGGGCAGCACUUUUGUGAUUCAGUGUGGUUUUGUUGUUGUUGCGUAGCUCGGCAACUGAAUUUAAUAUUAUUAAAAGUUAUUAUUGGAAAGUGCAAGUGCGUAUUUCAGUAUCCUUCAACGAGUGACGUCACUUCAAAGGCUUCAAGAUGAAUUACGGCCGUAAAACGCCCUCGACCUAUCGGUCAAACCCCUCGGUGUAUUCCCACGCGACGGGAAGAUCCUCGACAAAUUUACAUUCGAAAAUGUCGCGCUCGACACGCUCCGUGCGCAUUCCUUGGUACCAGAGGCCCCUGCUCAAGAAUAAUCAGUAUAUUGACAUCCAGAAAGGUGCCAUGCUAAUAGGAUUGUUUGCAGUUUUUCUGUCACUCUUCACCAUUGCCACCACCAUCUUUGAUAUAUACUGUUAUUCUAUGGCUGCUCCAGGCUCCACACAUUAUGGUUACUACAUAAUAUCCUAUGAGUUUGUUUAUGUUGGAAACAAGCAUGUGCGCAACAUGCUAAUUGUAUUUGCCUUAUUCUCACUAAUCUUGGCGCUCAUCAACUUUGUCACUAGCAUUUUAUUGUGCGUCGCUUUGCGCAAGGAAUAUGAACGAAAAGUGCUUCCCUGGCUGUGGACUUUUGCAGUCUUUACUGUUUGGCGCGCUUUGGCCCUUAUCUUCUUUGCCAUUGUUAAUGAUUUGUACUUUGCCUAUAACAUACUUAUGGUACUGCUAUGGACCAUCUUUUGUCUGUUCUGCAUAUAUGGUUGGGCCGUUGUCUAUUCGCUCUUCCUGGAGCUGGUUGAUCUGACAAAGCUGGAGGAUCUGGCGCACUUGCGUAUGGGAACAAUGGCCUCGCUUCAUGCGUCCACAGCUAAUUCAUUGGCUGGCUCGCGUCCCACAACACCUCACAGCACUGUGUCAACAAUGCCAGUGGGCUAGACAAUGUAUUAAUUAGCCACAUACAGCAACAACGAAAGCCGUCCGUCUAUAUAUCUCUAUACUGUUCAUUUAUAUAAGCAUUUUCACCAGUUUAGUGCCUUAGAUGCGUUUCAAUUACGUAUAGUACAUAUUAAAACAAAAUGUAUUUAAUUUUUUACAUGAAUCUGCAUAGUCUUAAGUGUCAUUCCGUCCACCAAACAAUGUUUUUUGAAUAUGUAUUGUAUUUACAAAAUUUACUUUUAUAUGGUUUAUAUACCAAUAUUUUUCAUAUACACCUGACGCUAAAUGUAACUUUAUGCAUACAUAUAUUUAAAAGAAGAUUGAUUAAAGUCACACAAAUAUUGGCUCAA